AUGGGGGACCACUUUGAGAAGGGCCAACAUGCUUUGCUCAAUGAAGGAGAAGAGAAUGAGAUGGAAAUAUUUGGCUAUCGGAGUCAAGCCUGCCGGAAAGCCCUCUGCCUUGCUGGAUCCAUCUUCUCAUUUGGAAUCCUUUCCUUGGUGUUUUACUGGAGACCGGCUUGGCACGUAUGGGCAAACUGUGUCCCAUGUUCCUUGCAAGAAGCAGAUGUUGUAUUACUGAAAACAACAGAUGAAUUCCAAACUUAUUCUAGGAAAAAGGUAAUGUGGAUCUACCUGUCAGCAUUAAGCAGCACAUUUGGUCUCACUCCUGACCACCCUCUCAUUACAGAUGAGGAGUAUAUCAUAAAUAGAGCCAUCAGAAAGCCAGAACUAAAGGUGAGAUGUAUAAAAGUGCAGAAAAUAAGAUAUGUUUGGAAUAACUUAGAAGGACAAUUUCAAAAAAUUGGCUCUUUGGAAGACUGGCUCAGUUCUGCAAAGAUUCAUCUAAAAUUUGGAUCAGGGCUAACAACAGAAGAACAAGAGAUUAGGAGGCUAAUAUGUGGGCCUAAUACUAUUGAUGUUGAAGUCACACCUAUUUGGAAACUGCUCAUCAAGGAGGUUCUAAAUCCAUUUUACAUAUUCCAGCUCUUCAGUGUCUGUUUGUGGUUCAGUGAAGACUACAAGGAAUACGCUUUUGCCAUCAUAAUCAUGUCUGUCAUUUCCAUAGCCUUGACAGUGUAUGAUCUCAGGGAGCAAUCUGUAAAACUUCACCAUCUAGUUGAAUCACACAAUAGCAUUACAGUCUCUGUAUGUGGAAGAAGAGCAGGAGUCCAAGAGCUGGAAUCACGCUUCCUGGUGCCUGGAGAUUUGUUAAUUUUGACAGGGAACAAAGUGCAAAUGCCAUGUGACGCCAUUCUGAUUGAUGGCAGCUGUGUGGUAGACGAAGGCAUGCUGACAGGAGAAAGUAUUCCUGUCACUAAAACUCCAUUACCCCUCAUGGAUAGCUGUGUGCCCUGGAAGACGCAGAGCGAAGCAGAUUACAAACGGCAUGUCCUCUUCUGUGGAACGGAGGUCAUCCAGGCCAAGGGAGCUGGUUCUGGGCCUGUGAGAGCAGUGGUGCUACAGACUGGAUUCAACACUGCAAAGGGGGACCUUGUGAGAUCCAUUCUUUACCCCAAGCCAAUGAAUUUUAAGCUCUACAGAGAUGCCAUCAGGUUCCUUCUGUGCCUUGUAGGGAUAGCCACCAUUGGCAUGAUCUACACACUGUGUGUCUAUGUACUCAGUGGGGAAGCUCCAGAGGAGGUGGUAAAGAAAGCCCUUGAUGUUAUCACCAUUGCAGUUCCUCCUGCCCUGCCUGCUGCCCUGACCACGGGCAUUAUCUAUGCCCAGAGGAGGCUGAAGAAGAGAGGCAUCUUCUGCAUUAGCCCCCAGAGGAUCAAUGUAUGUGGACAAGUAAACCUUGUCUGCUUUGACAAGACAGGCACCUUAACAAAGGAUGGCUUGGAUCUCUGGGGAGUUCUGCCCUGUGAUAAGAAUGGCUUCCAGGAAGUCCACAGCUUUGCCUCUGGCAAGGUUUUGCCAUGGGGUCCACUGAGUGCUGCCAUGGCCAGCUGUCACUCUUUGGUUGUUCUUGAUGAAACCAUUCAGGGAGACCCUCUGGACCUCAAAAUGUUUGAAGCCACCAAUUGGGAAAUGGCUAUGCCUGGAGAUGAUUUCCACAUCAAGGGAGUGCCAGCAUAUGCCAUGAUAGUUAAGCCCUGCAAAGCAGCCAGUCAGGUGUCAGUGGAAGGAAUUGCAGUCUUGCAUCAGUUCCCAUUCUCAUCAUCACUGCAGAGGAUGACAGUCAUUGUCCAAGAGAUAGGAGGUGACCAACUGGUAUUCAUGAAAGGUGCUCCUGAGAGAGUGGCCAGCUUUUGUCAACCUGAGACAGUACCAACUAGUUUUAUUAGUGAUCUUCAGAUUUACACGACACAGGGUUUCCGGGUCAUAGCUCUGGCCUACAAGAAGCUGGAAACUGACCACCAUACAACUUUGACAAGGGAGAAGGUAGAAUCAGACCUGAUAUUUCUGGGAUUACUGAUCUUGGAGAAUCGAUUGAAGAAUGAGACAAAGCCAGUCUUGGAGGAGCUCAUCUCUGCUCAGAUAAAGACUGUAAUGAUCACAGGUGACAAUCUUCAGACAGCAAUAACAGUAGCCAGGAAGUCUGGGAUGGUUUCUGAAAGCCAGAAAGUCAUUCUUAUCGAGGCAAAUGAAACCAUGGGAUCCUCCUCAGCAUCUAUAUCUUGGAAAUUAGUAGAAGAGAAAAAACAGAUUGCAUAUGGGAAUCAGGACAAUUUCAUUAACAUCAGGGAAGAAGUCUCUGAUAAUGGCAGAGAAGGAAGUUACCAUUUUGCCCUAAGUGGAAAAUCCUUUCAUGUUAUAAGUCAACAUUUCAGCAGCCUACUGCCAAAGAUACUGAUCAAUGCCAUCUUUGCAAGAAUGUCUCCAGGGCAGAAAUCCAGUCUGGUGGAAGAUCAGAAAUUGGAUUACUUUGUAGGUAUGUGUGGUGAUGGAGCCAAUGACUGUGGGGUAAGCUUUGAAAUGGCUCAUGUGGGCAUCUCUUUAUCAGAGCAGGAGGCAUCUGUGGCUUCACCUUUCACUUCAAAAACUCCAAAACAUUGAGUGUUACCUCACCUUAUCAAAAAUAAAAUGGGUAGUAUGAAAGGCUACAAGGUGGCUGGGAGGAAGAAUGGGCUACUUCAGACAGAGUGUCUUGGAAACACCUCUCUAAGGAUGAGGAAUAAGAAGAAACUGCUUUCAGGAAAACUGCGGCUCUCGUACCUCAUUUUCAUGUUUAAGUACAUGGCUGUGUACAGGCAUGAUUCAAAGACAAACAGCCUUUCAAAUUACCAGUUUCUAUUCCAGGAUUUGGCCAUCACAACUCUUAUUGUGUUGUAA